AUGGCCUUCCUUUCCGGACUGGAUCUUCACGAAUGCCUCCAAACCCUGUCUGUUUUGCAGUGGCUCCCCGUCUACGUAUUUUUAGGAGCAAUUCCUAUUAUUCUUAUACCCUACUUUCUGAUGUUCACUAAAUUCUGGAUCUUGUCUGUGCUCGCCUUAACCUGGCUCGCCUAUGAUUGGAAUACUCACAGUCAAGGUGGUAGGCGUUCAGCUUGGGUACGAAAUUGGACCCUCUGGAAGUAUUUUCAAAAUUAUUUCCCAAUAAAGCUGGUGAAGACUCAUGACAUCUCUCCGGAACAUAACUAUAUCAUUGCCAAUCACCCCCAUGGCAUUGUCUCUUAUGGUGUGUUCAUCAACUUUGCUACUGAGGCCUCUGGCUUUUCUCGGAUUUUCCCAGGCAUCACUCCUUCAGUAGGGACCUUGGAAGGGAUCUUCUGGAUCCCAAUUGUGCGAGAAUAUGUGAUGUCAAUGGGUGUGUGCCCAGUGAGUGAGUUGGCCUUGAAGUAUUUGCUGACCCAAAAAGGCUCAGGAAAUGCUGUGGUUAUUGUGGUUGGUGGAGCUGCUGAAGCCCUCUUGUGCCAACCAGGAGCCUCUACCAUCUACCUUAAAGAACGUAAAGGUUUUGUGAAGUUGGCACUGAAGACAGGAGCGUACCUUGUUCCUUCCUAUUCCUUUGGAGAGAAUGAGGUUCACAAUCAAGAGACCUUCCCUGAGGGCACAUGGAUAAGGUUCUUCCAAAAAACCUUCCAGGACACAUUCAAAAAAAUCCUGGGACUAAAUUUCUGUACCUUCCAUGGCCGGGGCUUCACUCGAGAAUCCUGGGGCUUCCUUCCUUUCAAUCUGCCCAUUACCACUGUUGUUGGGGAGCCCCUGCCAAUCCCUAGGAUUAAGAAGCCAAACAAGAAGACAGUGGACAAGUACCAUGCACUCUACAUCAGUGCCCUGCGCAAGCUGUUUGACCAGCACAAAGUUCAGUAUGGCUUUCCUGAGGCCCAGGAGCUGACAAUCAUAUAA